CUAUCACAUUUAGUGUUCAUGGUCAAGAGAAAGUUGGUAACCAAUCAAGAUGGUAUGACACAAUGUUUUUAUGAUUAUAAAAUGUUAAUGUGGGCUUAUAUACCUGUUACUUACAGUGGAAUGAAACACAAUUUGAUCACUUGAUUUUGUUAGUUUAUAUUUAUUGUAUGCAAACUUUUUGACUAACCAUAAACAUGAAGUUACACAUUCUUCUAACCCUAGCUUUAUGGGGUAUAGUAUCUGUAUUGGGUGCAAAAUUUGAAGCUUUUUAUCCAAGAGAAGCAUAUGGAGUGAGCAACGGAGCAUCUAGAUCACCUCACGGUCACGGAUCAUUCUACAAGUACAGAAACCCAGCUCUUGUAGAUGCUAAAAAUUCUCCUGCUUAUGGAUACAGAUUUGAUGGGAAAAGGCGUUUCAAUUUUGAUAAAUAAUUUAUCUAUAUAAUAUGUAUUUAAAAUUAGUAUUAAUGUAUUGUUCGUCAAUAAUAAUAAU